AUGCCUUCCGCAACAUCUGUACUCUCCGCAACCCCCUGCCUCUCCUCCAACGACUCCGCCGUUCUCCAGGCGCUAUUCGACGCCGAAUCAUCCCCCGCAAACGCUUCAAACGGCAUCCAUCUCGACCCGUCCCUCCCCCAACAGCUCCCUGGCAUAUCUGCCAGUGAUCUCUCAAAACUCCAAGCAGAGGAACUCGCUGCAAUCAAGCCCUUGCAGCAGCGACAAGAGCCGCGACAACAAGAUUCUGACCCCGUGGCAAAUGCAGAUGCAAUCCGCACGGCCGUGUCACGGCUCACAGCCAUCAUCGACGAGAAUCCGCAGUACCCGUCCGCUUAUAUAAACCGUGCGCAGGCCAUGCGGAUGCUGGUGGAGAGUAGCAGUCCCCAGAACAUGGAGAAUGCGGAUUCAUUGGGCAGUCAGAUCUUCUCAGACUUGUCAACGGCGAUAUCUCUUUUGACUCCCUCCUCCUCUUCCUCCUCCUCCUCCUCCUCCUCCUCCUCGCCAGCAUCAUCAACGAUAUCCCUCUCACCCCUCCACUCCCGCAUCCUUGCAAACGCACACACCCACCGCGCCUACAUCCUCUACAGAGCUGCGCGAUCCCUAGCUUCGUCGUCUGCAUCUGCAUCUGAAUCCUCAUCUGGCACCAACAUCCACUGCUCCGACUCCACAGAUAGACAACCUGUGUUUCCUCCCCGCAGCAACUCCGCAACAAGUCCGCGCAGCAUCUGGAGGAGAUGGAAGUAUGGGAUUUCCAGCUUGGCGGCGCCAUGGGAAUGA